GCUACUUAACCUGCAGGGAGACUGAACAGAUUACAUCAUAAAAAUUCUUUUCUUUUGUAAGGUAAGGUGACUGAAAACCUCCCUUAAAACCCCUUUUGUUAAUAUAAGUAAAAGAAAAACUCCAAAAAUUCAAGGAAUACGAAAUUGGCGAUAUUUAGGUGUUAGAGACUGAUAUGAGUGCUGAAUUAACAGAAAACAAACAAUAGCCGUGCAGUGAAAGAGUGAAAGAGAAUGCUUCUGCACGGUAACCUUACCCAAUUUGGAAACGUUCUUUGCAGAAAAUACAAAGGGGCAAAAGCAGAAACUUCAAUUUUUAUACUAAGGAUCGUUUGUUCAGGCAAACUUACUGCGGAAAAUACUGGGCGAAGUAUCGCCACUGUUAAAGACAAGGAGUUAAAAAAAAGCAAAUUAGUAACAAACAUUGUAAAAAUGCAAGGAACUAAAUCCGUCUGGAGUGUACGAGUUAAGGGUGAUUAGAUCGAAGAGCCCAAUUAUUGCAAGAAAUAGCAGCAACACUCAGGUCUAGAAUAAAUGUUAACCGCUUCCGGCUUUGAGAAAGGCCUUGAAAACUGAAUUGAGAGCGAACCUGAUUUUUUAAAUUUCCUAAAACCUCUUUGGUUUUCUGAGUUACGGCGACAUGUUUAAGAAAACCAACAACGAAAGCGUCGUGUGGUGUUUAAGAACUAAUAUGCACCAGGAAAGAAAUUUGAUUUAUUCCCUUUGUAUACUAAUACUAAAUUCCUUCGCAUAUUAAUUAACGGUUUAUUUGUCCCUCUUUUCCUUUCUUACAAUCAAACCCUCAGUUGUGUUUGAAGACUGUUGAUUUGGAAAUUAUGAGAUAUAUAGCCCCCCUAACCUUUCCUCACCCCCCCAAUAAAAAUAAAAAAAAUAAAAAUAAAAAAAAGCAAAUGAAUGUCCAGAUCCUCUCGAUCGGAUCUCGAGGUAUAUAAUGAGAUAAAGGAAAGAAAGGAUUGAAAUCACCUCUUUUUCAAAUGUCAACAUCAAAUCUUAGAGCCGUUUCUCCAAGAUAUUGAAAAUUCAGGAUAACUGAGGAAGACAAACCUAAACAAUUAUAGAAGCAUAUGGUUUUCAGUUUCAUUCCUGAUCAGUUUCUUUUUAGAGAACUGAACACGCACAGACAAGGUUGAAGUAUUAUGGCGGUAAGUUGAAUAUAAUAUGUUCCCUGAUUCUUGAAUCCAGAGUCUUGCCACAAAAAGGUUAAUUUAUAUGUAAGUUGCUUGCUUUGUUUUCAGUUUUUAACUCUUUGAUUCACGUGUGUUCGGUUUCGAUGAUGAACGGUAUAUUUUAUAUCCGCAUAAUACUGAUAUUACUAGUAGGAACCUGGUGGUUUAAGCUGUCAAAAAUUUGCUAUUUUAACAACCAAAAUACCAACAUUAGAGCUGUAAGUGUUUAGCCAAGCAAGAUCAAGCAAGUUCUUUUUUGUGGCAUACAGUUAAAUUAUGAAAAACAUUUUAACGAGGAAGUUUGACUUUGAGAUUGGAAAUUUUACAGCAGUCUUAUAUUUCCUUCACAGAAAAUACAAACCGAAUUUACGAAUUAAUCUUCAUAGGCUGAAUUGGAAAUCACUACUUAAAAAUACAGGAACCUAUUUCGCCAGAAGUCCAAAAAUGCAAGUUCUUACAAGUGGGAAGGGGUUUUAUUGUAAUAAACAGGGAAGUCAUAACUGACUUUUUUGCCAAUUAUUAUGGUACCAGAUGCCUUGUUGAUGAACGCUUGAUUGACAGGCGUUCGAAAGCGGAGUAGAGAAUUCGGGUGCACCGGAAACGUACCGCUUGCAUGUACUCGCUCACCCUAUCCCAUAGGCUAGUCUCAUUUACUUAAUCUCGCUCCCCUCCAGCUCGCUUUAUGGCUUCUUUCUGCCGUGAAACUCGCGAGGAGGACUUUUGGAAUGCAUGUUUGGAAGAGGUACACACCGGCGACUUUGACAAGAUUCAUGCACGUAUUCGUAAGAUUGAAGUAGUUCGAUAACGUGACUCGUGAAUGUUUAUUAUUGAAUCUGUUCAGUUGACUUAGUCAUUAGCUAAUCAUACGGAGUAACAGUGGAUUUUUUUUUAUAUUUUGCAUUCAGUUGAUUGACAAGUUGCUACGUGAAUUCGCGAAGGAAAAUUUUGGUGAUCAAGAAGGAAGCUAUUUCCCUGUUGUCCAUGGCCGAACCCAAGAUAUAAAGUUACUUACGCUUGUAGUAAAGAAACCUACUACAUCCGAUCAAGAAUGUGGAGUCAAACCGCAGGGGUACACCGUUCUUGCGGAAUUAGGAAGGUACGCAGCUGAGGAAAACGCUGAAGAAUUUGAGGCCAUGAUGAAGAAACACAUCGUAAAAGAAGACUGCGGGAUAUUACCAGAGGGUGAAAAUGAAGAUGAUAAAGGAGCUGGAAGGUAAAUAUUAAAUUGACAGUAAUGAAACAUGGUUUAUAAAAAAAAAACAAAAACAAAAGCAAACGUUUUUUUGCUCUGAUCAGAUAUGGGGUACCUUGCGAGUUGAUCAGUUUACUUCGUUCUUCUUAGAUAACUCGGUAGGAAAGGUCAAAGCGACUCUGGUAUCAAAAAAAAACAAUACUCAAAGUAAAAUCUGAGGAACUGAGAUCACUAUUAGGUUAUUGCAAUGAAAAGAAAUAUUGUAGAAACUAUCAGGUCAACUUAAGAAAUAUCACCUUUCUUGAUAAUCUCCGCCCAUGCAAGGAUUUUUCUGUUUAGUUUUUUUUUUUUUACCAUUAGUGCAGUACUAACCAAUUUUUCAUGUUGCACCAGCCUCUAAAAUCUCAUGCGAAUACUAAUUUGAGUUCUUUAAUUCAGCUCGGUAGAAAUUGAAGGACACGCUGAUAAUUUUGGCAGGAAAGGGAUCAAGAUAAGUGAAGAUCUGGGAUCCCUAGUGCUGGGAAGAAUUGAUCAGGAAUACAUACGUGAUCCGGACCUACGUGAAGUAUUGGCUAAAACAGAUAUAGACAACGAAAAAGCAGGUGUUUUCGAAGGCCAACAACUGAGCUUGAUAAUCUCAGUAAUUUUCAGUGAGCGAUUUGAAGUUAAAGGCAAGAGAAGGAACAAGGUAUUUACUGUCGGAAAACUAUUCCAUGGUAGUAGAGUAGUGAUGAAAUUAAUACAGUAACCUUUUUGCGCAGAAAUCUCAUUAACUUACGCAAAACAUCAAGGACGGCAAAGAUGAUUUCAUUAGCUUCUGUCUUUUCUCUAAUGAAUAAAAUGCGGGAUCGACAAAGGGUCAAUAAUGCGUAGGUGGAGGAGGAGGGUGAACAAUGGAAAUGUGGUGUUGGUGGUUUUUGGAAAGCAAUUUCUUCAUUUUACUCAUGAGAACGAAAAAAGGUUAUGACGUUAUCUAUGUUCAUAUAUUUUUGCACAAGUCAAUGAGAUAGCUGCGCAAAAGCGGUUAAUUUCAUCACCACAUUUUCAAUCAUAUCUGAUAUUAAAGUGAUGAAUAAGGAAGAAGAGAAAAGGAGAGGAAUUUCUAAAAAAAUAAAACUCUAUACACAACACGACUUAGUGUUUAAUUUCAUUUUUACUUUUAAAUAAGUGAUCUUGCACGUUCUUGAGGCUACAAGUUUCUUUUCUUGUGAUGGGCUGUACUGUUGUAGAUUGAGUAUGGCAGAGUGUGAAUUACAGCGGUCUCUUGAUAAGAAAUAAAAGUUUAAGAUCCGGAAACAUGCAUUACUAUAGACUCUUGCCUAGUCAAAGAUGUUUUCAAAAUUCAGCCAAAAAGUAAUCCUCAGUUUACAUUAAUGCUGCCAUUCGGUGGACAAAGUACUACUCUAUUUACUCAUUUGAACAUUGGUUUUGAAGAUCGAAGGAGACGCAGAAGUAAAUCCUCCAGGGGUGAAAGAAACAUACCAGACGAUUGAAAUUCCACCAAAUAUAGCAACGAGGCUGAACACUCGAGGACCAAUCCUGUUCAAGUGCUGCCGCGUUGUGUAUAACAAGGAAACAAAUCGAUUGGAACUCUCCGAUGAAGAGGUUGUUGGAAAAGAUUUUCUAAGAUGUAAAGAGGACGAGGAGGACAAUGAGAACGAUGAGAACGAUAACGGUAAGAUCAUAUUCAUAUAUAUACAUAUAUAGAAAGGGAGGGGAUCGAGGGAUGACGCAGUGGUGAGAGCACCCAUCUCUCACCAAUGUGACCCGAGUUUAAAUCCCGGCAUCGUAGCCAUAUGAGGUUCCCUCCUUUGCUCCGAGACGUUUUUCCUUGGUACAUGUACUCCGACUUUCCCCUCUCUGGAUCGAAAACGAACACUUCCAAAGUCCAAUUGCACCAGGAAUGUGGAUGUGCUACCUCUAAAUCGUUGUUUAUUAUUCAUUUAUUGAUUUAUUUAAUAACAAAGUAGAAAAUGGAAGUCAUUACUUUGAUUUGAGGUACGCAGUUGACCGCUGUUGUAGCUCUUCAGCCUUAGUUUAGCGUGUUUAUCGACGUAAUUUGAUUGUAUAAUUGCACAGAUAGAUUGAAUUUAAUCAUAUAAUAUUUGCGAACAAUUAGUUAGGUUAGUCUAUUAAGUGCUGCCUUAUACCUCAAAAUGUAAUUAGAAAACUAUCUUUAGGUGCAGAUUCUUAAACAUAUAAGAAAACAUAUGACAUGGAAAGCAUUUAAAACAUUUUUGAGUUUGUAACGGGAUAUAGCUUUAAAUCACGACCUGAGGAAUAAUUCUGAAAUAUUUUCUUUUCAUUGUAGAUGGAUUUUGUGGAACAGUGCACAUUGUAGCUAGAGUCCGAGGGAUAAUUCCGAAAUAUUUUUUUUUAUCUUAUUAUAGAUGGGUUUGGGGGCUCCCGAAAAUUCUAGGUGGCAGUUUAAAAUGGGUACAUUUUGUAGAUGUUCGAAAAUCCUAAGUUGCCUCCUAAAUGUUUUAUUUUCUUUCCAAAUCAAGAAAAUUGGUUGGGAGAUUUAAAUGUUUUGUUCUUAAGAUACGUUUGCGUGUACAUUAUAGCAAUAUAAAUUUUUGACAGUUACGUAAAUUUUGAAAAAAAUGUUAUCUUCUAAAUUCAUCCAACAGCUUUGUCUCAGAAAAAUGAAAGGAACAAACGGGCCUGCGCAGGACGAGCCUUUGAAGUCAAGUGACUGACCUUGCUAUCAUCUUGAAGCAAUUUUAUGAUCGCAUCUCGAGUCUAACAUGUAUCUGUAAGGUGCGAUCAGGGUUUAAAAUAGUACUGUAAACGUAAAAAUGAAAUAUGUUUUUAUUACUUUACUUACAAUCCCGGUCAUAAUUACUUGAAACUUUUAAGGAAACACAUGACAGAGGGUACACGUGUUGCUUCCGUUGCUUCUUUUUCUCUUCCUCUAAUAACACAGAUAGAAAGAUAGAAGGAGUGAGAAGAGGCGGGGGCGUUGGGUUGGGGGAAAGAUCUGUAAGGUAGCCUUCCAGCGAUUAUGAUUAUGAUCGAGAUUGUGUCUGCUGAUGUUCAAUUUAUAAGAUAUGACAAUUGUAGAUGUUUGUAAAACGUUUAAAUCUCGUGAAUGUCUCUCAUGGCUGUUGCAUACUUAAACAUUAGUGCCACUAGUACUAAGAGAUUCAAAGUUGCGUCAAACCGUCACGAUAAUGAAAGAUUUCUUAUUUGCGUAUGAUAGAGUCGUUUACAUUUGUUGAGCGCGUCUAAGUGUAACAUAGCCGUUGCUAGUGAUUAAGAAAUUUUCGUUAUUAAACCACACUCACACGAUUCGUACUAUUGUUUCCUCGGUGGUCCGCUGAUCGUCAUUAUUGCGAUGACUGGUCGUUUGCUUUCACUCACCUUAGAAUCACCUGAUUAGAAGUCAUGUGAAUUAAUGAGGAUCGUAGAGCGCUUAAUAGUGAACUUACCCAAGAGGAAGGCGGAGUAAAGAAGACAGCAAACCGUGUGUGACAAGCGUCGAAUGGUUUUGUUUCAAAACGCUCUUCGCCAAAUUUCCCCGUUUUCUUUAACAGAUGUUUUGUUUGUGAACAUCACGACGGGUGUCAGUAAAAAGGGGGGAUCGGGGUCGGGGUCGGAGCCUCCCUAACUUUAACCCUCACCUUAAAACAGCAUUAUUUAAAAAAAGAUAGAUCCCGACCCCGAGUUUUUCUAACACCCGAUUACAACAAAGGCGUACGUUAUAGCCCUGCCACGUUUGUCACGCCCGAAAGUUUUCCGUUCUCUUCCAUUCUGCCAUCCUGUUACGUAAGCUGGCUAAUGCCCGAUGUUAGCAAGCAGGAACGGCGAAAUCAUAGUGGUUUAUGAAUUAUGUUUUGGUUUUUCUAUUUUUUAAAUUGCAGCUGUAGAAAUUGUAGAAUUACAAAGUAAGUAGAAUAGGUGCAGUAUUAGUUUUUUCUAAUCAGAACAUCCAGCGGUAAUUAUAAUAUAUUUGGAGAUUAAAAGAUUUCAUCGCCAUUGACAUUGCCUCACGUUAUUAUCGUACUGUCUUUUCAUUGCGAAAUAUACUGUCAAUCUUUUGUAAGCCCUUCUUGGGUACACCCAUUCUGACCCUCUGAAUUCUGACUGCACCCAGUAAUAAAGACAAUCACAGCCAUUAAUUUUGUCCCAAUUAAGCGAAUAUUAGUUCCAGAAUAUGGAAAAUUUUUCCUUGUGGAAUGCUCAAUCCUACGCUUUUGAAUCCGGAAUACAACUCAAGGAACCCGGAAUUCAAGUUCCAAUGACAAGGACCGGAAAUCCGUAUCUAGCAUCCAGAAUCCACAGCUUGGAAUUCAGAAUUCAAGACUGACUUGGAUUCCCUUACAACAAAUUGGGGCGAUCAAUUGAAGCACAUUAGAAGACACGUUCAGACCAAGUACUUUUACGCGGUGAUAACUUUAUUCCCUCUCACCAAAAAAAUGUUACCGUUUUUCGGAGUUUGAUUGAGUAUAACGUCCCUCGCAAUCAAUUCUUUAUUGAAAGGGAAUCGUCGUUUCAAAGACAAUGGCCGAGAAAUAAAGAACCAAAAAAAUCAACCUGUCGGUACUGGCAAAAUAUAGCCUGUCAUCAAGCAGGAAUUUAGGUAGCGCGAGAAAACAGCCGACAUUCACCGGCGCCACCACUGGUUUCCUCGCGAAAUGAUGACUGAGAAACGAGCAUAGAAAUUUCAUACUGAUGACACAUUAUUAUACCCAGAUCUUGGUAGUGCUUUUGAUUAGUUGAAGCCAAUUUCCCAGGCAGCACGACGACCACGCGAGGGACCUAAAGCAAAAUCUCGUCUGCGCAUGCCCUCAUUAUAAAUGCACCGCUAGAAUUGAAAACUACGGGAAAUUUCCUUUCUUUUGAUGUAUAAUUUGCCUUUGUUGGAGAGGCGUUUGGCUCGAUAAAUGGAAUUUUAAAGUAGCUAGUUAUAGUUCUUAGCCAUGUUCGUGUGUUUGCUCGGCAAAAUUAAAAAUUACAAGUCCAUAAAUAAAAGUUCAUUUUGUUUUUGCGUUGUGUUGUGGACACAUAUUUCAGUUUUAAUUUAAUUGACAACGUCUAUUUCUUCCAUUUGUUUAUUACUUGAAAAAUCAAUAGAGAUUACAACAUUUUACAUUUAAAAAUUCAAAGGAGCCUGAGGAACCCUAGCUAUUCUCUCCUUUUAAAAAGAGUUUUGCUUAUCUCAGUCACUCCAGACUUUAUUAUUAUAAAUAAGACUUUAUUAUAAAUUUUCAAAAGAAUAUUUUUAAGUGUCCUGGCACCGCAAAUAGCUGUAGCUAGUCUAGGCAGGCCACGAAUGAUACAGAAAGAAAAUAGCUGCAAUAACAUUAAGGUAAAAAAAAAAGAAGUAGAAAGCAAGAGAGAUUCAUCAGCUUUAAAAUAAUUAUGGAGCGGUUAACUAUUUGCAAAAAUUAUAAUCUUAAGAAGAAAAACAUAUGAAAAAGAUGCAUCUAAAACUCUAAGGAGGAAAAGAAAAGAAAACAUUAGCUCGCCGUUUUUAUAGGUAGGAUUACAAAAUAAGUAUCGUCAGUCUCCAGUAUAUUAAGCAAUGACGCACGAAUAUUAAAUUUGAAUUUGUGUUCUGAAAGUGUGCGCAACUUGGUCGGUAUUUCAUUCCAUAAUUUGGCACCAAGUCUUGAGAAAGAGGUUUUUUUUUAUUUCAAGAUUCGAUUUUUUUUUUUAUAUAAAAGUUUUGAGAUGUAGACGACCUAGUGCCGUAUGAAUGUACACAAGGAAGUGGGAGGAACAAUUCCUGAAUGUUUAUAGGUACUACGUUCUUUCUCAAGUCUGACAUUGUUUCUGCUAGUAGCUGAUAGUAGAGAAACUUAAUUGGUAAUGUUUUUGUAUUGAUAAAGAGAGAAAUGGGAUAAUCACGCGGUUUAGCAAAGUGAAUAAAGCGAAGAGCGAGUUUCUGAAGGACUAGAAGUUUGUUUAGUUGUGAUUUGCUUGCUUGACCCCAUACAAUUACACCGUAUCGAAGAUAGGGUGUUAUCAGAGAGUGAUAAAUGGAAAUAAGUAUGCUAAAAGGAAAAAAAUGUCGCAAUUUCGAUAACAGCCCAACAGUUCUACUGAUUUUUUAAAGAAUUGUGUCGAUGUAGUUAUUUCAAGAAAGUAUACCGGAUUACCAUACAUGGAGCGAAUCAGUGUCUAAACAAUGCCUGAUUCAUAUAUAGCAAACUUUUUUUUUCCAUUUCGUGUUCUUGUUUGGGGUUUGUGAUUCUGUUUUGCAUUUUGUUUUCGUUUUUUGGAUGAGUUUCUGUUUAAUAUUUCGGGAUAUACGUCACUCAGGCCUGGUGGGUGAUUCUAUUUUGGAUUUGUUUGUGUUUCCUUUUGGGGAUAGUGUAUUUCUGUUUGGGAUCUUUGUUUCUCCGUCCAGAUUGACGUUGGGUUAUCAUUUUCCGUUUUGGCUAUGUGUGUUUCUGUGCGGGGUUAGCGGGUUAUGUUUUCGAGUCUUGUUUUUAGUUUUUGUUUCUUUCGGCCACCAUAUUUAUGUACUAUGAGGAAAAAAUGUCAUUGAACUUUCGUAACACGACAUGCUCAGCCAAUCAUAUCGAUACCUGAAAGCACACCCUCUCUCCUUUAUCUCUAUAUGUUUCUUGUGAGAAGAGGGCAUGAUGUAUAUAUUUGUCAGAUCUUGUGUAUUAAUGCCAUAAUACAGUAUUUUUUUCGUAUUAGCUAAGAAACAAUACCUAUGAAAUGCACUGUCCCUUUUGCCUGUUGAUUUGGUUAAAUGUUCUUUUCACGGUUUUCUGAUGUUUUAAGUCGUAUGUGUACGAAACAUAACCGAUUCAGGUAGAAAACAUUUAACUUAAUUUCUCUAAUUUACGUUUUUUUCUUUUUCGUUUUUGUGGCGGAUAAUAAUGAAGAAAUGAAUAUCUUGUUUUAAACUCUCAUAAAAUCCAUGAUCAAAGAAAGUGAUCAGUAGUGGUCACUGAGUAAGAGAGAAGUCAUUAGAUAUGAAUGUAUUAAAUUUUUUAGUACACAAGAACCCUCAAGCAAUUUACUGCUUUAAUAUUCAUCGUGUUUAAAUAAAGGAUAUUGAUUAAUUCAUUCAUUCAUUCAUUCAAGUCCUUAACGCAUGAAAAUCGUGCGUUCUGGGCGAAUCUUUGCUGACGUCUUUGUUUAAAUUUUGUUGCCUUGUCGUUAAAAUUUUAUAAAAAGGACUAAACAAGAAUAACCUUUCAAAACUGAAAUACAACUCAACACAAGCAACUGCCAAUAUUGAAUCACAAGAUUGAAUAAAUAAUCUCUGCAAUUUUAGCUUUUUUCAUACAAUACUUAAGGAAGUAUCAGCCAUCAAGGUACGCACAAUUUCUGGGUGUAAAAGAGUUUAUUCGACCAUCAGUACAUUUGUAAAAUUUUGACUUUUUAACAUCAUAUAUCAGAAAAGAAAAAAAAAAGAACCGAAAUUUUCGGAGAGAGUGUAAUUCAGCUAUUUUUUCUCACUAAUAGUUUAUGAAAUGACACUUUUGUAACUUUAUUAGAAAACUAGAAGUGUGCGCAUUUACGUCACCAUCACACUCCAAUAGUAGCAUUGCGUUUGAGCGCAGGGCAGGAAGCGUCGAUACUCGAUACCUAACGCCUAUUGGAGGAAAAUAGGCGAGGGGAAGAUCAGAUGAGAGACCCUGGGAACGAAUUGAGGUAAAUAUUAUUGAAUUCAGAAACUGUUCAUAAUUUUGUUUCAGACAACUCGAAGGAGAUUUCCUAAAGCAUCAGGAAUUAAUCAAACUCUUCAGAAAAAGAAAUUUCUUCCGUAAGGUAAGAUGACUAAAAACCGUGCUUGAAACAUCCUUGCUAAGAGGGAGAGCGGAAAACGAUCAAAAGCGAUCAUUAAAAAAUCAAUAUUUUAGGGUUAAAGACUGAUGUGAAUGUCACAGCAUCAAACAAAAAUUAAACGCACUCACAGACUUUAAUGUGUAAUAGAAAAAUAGAAGACUUUACCUAGCUGAAUGUGGGUUGGAACAUUUUAGAAGAUCUUUAAUAGGAAAAGAAAUACACAAACAACAACAAAAUUAACAGACAGACAGAUAUCAGAACCCUAGCUCGAACCAAUAGCUUAGAGUAUCUUAUAAGCAAGAAAAAUGGGGAUAAUUGGAUUCAAAAUUCUGAAAAAGCUGUUUCUUUAAUGGCAGAUGUGUAAAUCGUCUAUGUGAUAAAGUGAUAAAAUGGUUUGAACUCUAAUUUAUUUUAUUUUGAGGUUACUCUCGUCACUCAGACCGUGUCGUUACGUGUAUUCAAAGUUUCUAGAUAGCAAGAUUUUUCAGUGGUUUCCGUCUUAAUAUCUCUUAAACAGUGAAUACUUUGCGUAAUAUCAGAUUUGAGAACUGAGAUUUGAGAACUUGAGAACUGUGAGUAUUAAGCACCGAUAGGAACUCACUCUUCUGUAAAUGUCACACCAAAAUUGUUAAUGGCAUUUCCUUAAUAUUAACGAAAUAUUGAUGAGGACCACAGAACGAGAAAAAAUGUAACAGUAGAUAGAAACAUGGUUUUCAGUUUUGCUUUCACCUGAUUGCCAUAUCUCUAUUUUUAGAGGACUGAACACGCACAGGCAAGCUUGAAGUAUUAUGGCGGUAAGUAAAAUUCAGUAAGCUCUCUGGUCGUUGCAUCCGUCUUAUAGCCCACAAAACCAUUUAAUUGUUUGCAUUUUAUUCUGCGUAUUUCCCUUUAGUUUUACUUUCUUUUCGGCCAUGAAUCUGUCAAAACGCGGUGUCAGUUGUAUGUUUUGUUUAAACGUUGGAGCGAUUAUCACCAAAAAGAUUAAACUUCAUGGCUAACUGAUCAACUUCCAAAUAAUCAAAAUCAUUUCAGCCAUAGUCGUGUGCGGUGUGACCAAACUGUUCUUUAAACAUGAUCUGAACAGUGUUUUAAAAGCUCUGUGAAGUCCUGGAGUAAUCCCAACCGAUAUCACUAAUCCGUUGUUAACUUUGACCUGCCACAUCCCGGAGGUUAAGGUGGCUCGACUGUUUUUUUUCUAGGGGAUAUACUUUCCCACUUAAAGUGUUUACUGCUUCGGCAUUAACAAAGAUAUCGGAAAAAGGUUACCACAGUUGAACUAUAUAAAGAUGAAAAGUUGUUAUGAUCCAUGUUUUAUUGACAUCAGAGUUACCAUGGAAACAUGAUGACGCUACGUUGUAUUUCUCGGUACCAGUUUUUUUUUUUUUUUUUUCAAAAUUCGCUUAAGGCUGCUUGCACGCCCUUUAGUUGCCUUGAUUAUGACAAAGUUUGCGCAAAAUUUAAUUCUAUGAGAUCGUUUUCGAAAUAUUUUAAAAGAAAGUUUUAAGGGUCAGAAAAACACUUAAUGAACAUGCUAUUGAUAUAAUUAGCUAAUAUCUAAAGAUAAUGAUGAGGUCUGAAACUGAUGCAGUUUCAUCUUAUAGUGGUUUGAUUUCAUCUGAAUCUUUGCACGAAAAAGGAAGGAGAUUGCUUCGGUCGAUUGCGAGAAAAAAAGAAUUUGAUUAGACUACGUUCGACUGCUUUCUUUACCAUUUUUGAGUGUAAUUUGGUCCAUGCCUAAAAAUUUCUACUUGCGGUGAGAACAAAUACCUAACGCGCUUUUAGAGUUCUGUAAGCUUAUAUCAAACCUGAUACUAGGCCAGAUCAUUGUCUCAAAUUUUACAAACGUGCAUAAACUUGCGGCAUAAAUUAACUGUGCUCGACUUUGAAUGAAAUUAGAUAUAUUUAACAAUUAUUCGCCCAAGGCGAAAUUAAUAUUGUUGAAUAAUCCCCGAGACGAAGUCGAGGGGAUUAUUCAGCAAUAUUAACUGAGCCUGAGGUGAAUAAUUGUUUUAGUAUAUUCACACGAAGUGAUCUCAACAGAAUCAGAAAGGAAACCAUUAAAAAACGGUUAGUUUGAUUGACGGGUGAAUUCGUGCGUGAACACGAAGCCGUAAACAGUGAAUGCGCAAAAGUUAGAUCUUCACAGUAUCUUCAAAAAUGGCAAAUGAUAGUUUUAAUCUUUUUGUAUCGAGUUUUGUAAGCUUUAGCAUCAACGGUUUAAAAGAAAACGCGAAAAUUUAUAUUACUACCCAAUUCUGAGAAGAAAAGUAGAGCUUCAUUUGUUUCUGUCAACUCACCGCGAAUAAGAACGUUUUCUUUGUCGCUUCUUGCAAAUGCUGUCAACAGCGGCUACGAUCAAGGUGAGUGUUGUUUAUCUCCAAUGUUCUUUGCUUUGUUAACUUGCUGGCAAGUACAAUUUUCGAAAAUAUUUGCCCGCCUCUUUUCUCCAUAAAUUAACUUCUAUCGGAAACUUAUAAGGGGUUGAAACGUGUAACUCGCGUUCAAUGCUCGUGAAUAUUCACUUUUACCAUAUUUGGAAACCUUAGUGACAGAUAUCCAUUUUCAACAAAUGGCUGCCGCGCGAUGACCAUGCAGAUGUUUUAAGACAGGAGAUCUGCAUUUCAAGGUUAAAAAUACACCGUUAAAAGACAAAAAAUGGAAAGAGAAAGGUCGAAAGAAUGCUCAGCUUUCUUUUCUGGAAAAAGGGAAGCUUUUCAUCAAGAAAUCGUCCUUCGAGGAAUUCAACGUUGUUUUCUUCUCGACGGAGGGCGUGGUCUGUUUUGAAAUGCAACCAAGGCAGUGAAGUUUUUGCUGAAUUUUCAGGUACAUUUUGCGCUCUAUGGCCAAGGCAAUUACGUUUUUGAAAGAGAAUUUAUGUAUUUUUAAAUGUUUCAUAGACGUUUUAUAAAUUUCUCUCUUCGGGGCUAAAGAAAAAUUACAAAAUGUGCCCCAAUUUGAGAUGGAUUUUGUGUUGAAUUUUGCCAUGUGCUCAGCCGAUUUCACUUGGGUGAACGGAUCCACGAUCGAGAUAGUGUUUUCCGAAUUGCUUUAAAGGAUUAACUUUUCGGAUUGUGAAUAAAAUUUUUCAAGAAACGGCUUCUCUGUCUGUUGUUUUGAGUUUGUUCAUUCAUAAAAUUAGCUCAAAACACGAUCGUGACUACAACAUCCAAGCUGAAUUUAAGCUUAAAUGCUUCUCACAUUCAUUACACGCAUCACUUUUUGCGAAGAUGUCAGGUUCAGGUUUUGGACACUUUUCGAUCCCCAGCUAAUGAAUUUUAUUCGAAAAUAUUUUUUACUGUUUAUUUUAGACUUAAUAUAAGAAUUUUAAAAGCUUAUUUGCAGUAUAAGUUUACUGUGCAGAGGGUCAACGAGGCAUCGUUUUUUGAAGUGACAACUCCAUGAAGUUGCGAGGACGUCAGUGGGUUUCAUAAUGUUAUGUUUGGCCCGGGUGGAGAGGCAAUAAUAUCCUGCUCAGUGUUUCGGUAAGAUUCCUGGUUUCAACCUUAGAAAGCUUUCUCGGCUUUCGGGAGUUUUUCCUCCGUUUGUCGGCCAUUUUUUUCAAGCGGGAGCGGGAACAUGAAGUAAAACUACGUCACGUUGUUUACGAAGUUUAAUUGGUCAGUUAUCUCUUCUUCUCGUUCCAAAUACGGUACUUUCGAAAAUGAAUAAUCACGAGCAUCGGACAAGGCAAACAUAUGAGAGUUAAACGUUUCAACCCCUUAUGAGUUUCUGCUUCUUUUUAUAGGCAUAAUUGGUCUUAGGAGAAAAUCCCGAAAUCACAAAACAGUGACAAAGCGGCCUCGUUUUCCUCUGUAGUGGUAAACAUAGCUUCGAGCGUACAAAAAGUCAGCUACAGUAAACCACUUCACAAUAGAUCACGCUGUUUAAACACCAUGAAGUCUUUUCUUGCCUUCAAAGUCAUCAACACUUGGAUAUUCGUGUAUUUUCAAAGAGGCUUCACUAUGAAACUUUGGCAAAACACCCAGUUCACGACAGCGAUUUUGUUCUGCUUUAUAUUCACCGCCUAGCGCGGUGAAUAUUUAACAAUUCUUCUUUGAAAUCGAGGUGAAUAGUGGCAAAAUAUUUACCAACCCGCGAAAGCGGCGAGGUAAAUAUUCCCAAAGCCACUUUUCACCGAGAUUGAAGAGAAUAAUUGUUUUAGUAUAUACACACGAAGUGAUCUCAACAAAAUCAGAGAGGAAACCAUUAAAAAGUACAAUUUGAUUGACAGAUCAAAUCACGCGUAAGUUUAAAAAUAGAUCUUUGCAGAAUUUUCAAACAUGGCAAUUUACAAGUUUAUCAUUUCGCAAACAACAGCGUAAUGGCUUAAAUGGAACCGCUAAAAGUUUGAACUGUUUCCUUACCUGAGAAGAAAAGUGGAGCUUUGUUGUUUUCUGUUGAUUCGCCAAGUUUAUAGCCAAAAGGGCUUGUUGAGUCGUUCUUCGCAUGAAGUGCUGACAAAAAUGGCGGCUCGGUUGCUCUAGGUAAGACGUCUUCCUGUAUCAUUCUUUUUCCUGUUCACUUGAAACGUAGAAUUUCUGCAAACAUUUCCUCUUAAAUUUGUUUGUCAUAAAUAAACUUCCAUUUUUGAGCCAAGAUUUUCUUGUUAGAAAACUUUGAGUUCACGAAACGGCUUCUUCUACGCGAAUACACGAGAGUUGUAAACAAUCCAUCGAGCACAAAACUCAGCCACAGUAAAUUGAAAAACGCCGUAUUGAAUCCUUCCAAGUCUUUUCUUGCCUUAAAAAAAGUCAGCCCUAGGAUUUUGUCGACUUCUAAAAGAUCGCUGUCUAAAAAAAUGGGAAAACCAGUGAGCUCACACAUUAUCCACUCGCUAGGAGGUGAAUAUUGUUGAAUAGUCCGAGAUAGCGAACCAAUCAGAUUGCUUAAAUCACCAAGAUCACUGAGUGUGUAUAUACUAAAACGCCAUAUUCCGAGAUAGCGAACCAAUCAGAUUGCUUUAAUUACCAAGAUCACUGAGUGUGUGUAUGCUAAAUAUAUAUAUAUAUAUAUAUAUAUAGCCGAAUUUUUGAAAACGUACCUGAAAAUGCACCAGAAUAUUCGCACAGAAAGCUGGCGAUAGCCAGCUUUCUGGUCACUGCGGUGAGAAAAAACAUAGGGGGCCUGCUGUCCUGCUUGGUCUCAUUGUCAAGUUCAGUCCCUGAGCUAACGCGCCAUGGGUUGGAAAGGGGCCUCCAUGUCAAUCCCUAGGGGGGGAGGGUGCUGCAAAAGCGCUGUACCUUCCGUUAGUCCUGGUCUGGGAGAGUCAGUGCACUGGUCAUGUCUGCCUUUAGUUUGUCAUGUCAAAUUCUUGUAACGUUUGAGGCCCAUUGGCCAACGAAAGCAUUCCCCUCAAGCACGUGCUAGGCUGGGGGGGUGGAGGAAGUCAGGGGGGGUGAUUUAACCUUGAAUUCUCUGCUUAGAACUUGCUGAAGUCUCAAGCGUCCUCCGUCAUUCAGGGCCUUUAAGCAGCUAGAGUGUAUGGACAAGUCCAGAGUGUCUUUUUGAUGGACUUGAAUGUUUCUUUUGCUAAUCAGGAACCAAGAAGAGAGUCACCUUAAGAGAACCAUGGGUAAGAGCCGAGUUUCUUGGCGAUAUUUACUUUAGUUGAGUCAGUUUAAGGUGUGUGGGCUCCUGGUGUCCGAUGUUACGGUUUUCAUAAAUCCGGCUAGAUAUAUAUAUAUAUAUAUAGACUUCAAAUACAAUAAUUACUCAGGCUUAUCAUUCGACAUCUAUUAAGUAAGGCUAGAAUCGCUUGAAACUUUCAAACCCUGACUUACGCAUCAAGCAAGGUGAAAAACGAAAACGAUGCCAUCCGAAAUCGGUUCAGACUUUGACAAGCGACGCAUUUCUCAAGCAAAAACCCAAUAAACAAACCAGCCAUAAAUAUAUGCAGACUCUUGAUAGCAGCUGUAUUUCAUUUUGUACAUCCAGUGGAGAAAGACAGUUAAAAACAUCACAAGUUGAUGCGAAACUCUGUCAGCUUUAGCUGUCAAAGUAAACAAGUUUCAAGAUGUUGGAUAAGUUUUUCGCAUGAACUCACCUGUCAAAUUUUGAAAAAUCAGAGCAUAAAAAUUGGACGUGAUCAACGCGUCAAGAUGGUAAGAAAAGGUCUUCCCCACCUGUAUUUUUAAAUAAGUGGCUUUAUACUACUACAUGAGAAAUUUCUGCCAUUUGAUUGGCUUAGAGCAGUAGUAUUUCAGCUUAAUUUGAAAUACCUACAUGUGAAAAUUACAAACCUUCUAAGGGUAGUAGUAUAAACAAAUAAUAGCAUGAUUUGUACGUGAUAUUUGGCAUAAAUACCACUCGUGAUAUUUCAGAAUUGUCUCAAAUUUCACUCGCCUAACGGCUCGUGAAAUUAUGUAUAACAAUUUCGAAAUAUCACUCGUGGUAUUUAUGCCAAAUAUCACUACAAAUCAUGCUAUUACCUAUACGAAUUUUCGCGUCCGAGGUCAGUUUGAAAUCAAAGUCUUAAUAGUGCGGGGCCAUAGUGACAUAGACACAACAUAUUUCAUAUGAAUUGAAAAAAAAAUUGAGCCUUCGAUCACUUGAAAACUAUUAAGUUGUCAGCGGAUAACAAAAAAACAUGCGACCUCGAGGGGUCGACACCUGAGCCCUCGAUGUGGUCAGGUGAUACUGGUCAGCGGAUACCUUGUUAUGACAGCUGUCAAUUGAUCACAACAUUGAUAUUCAAUUAGUUUUCUCCUGGGUUCCCAAACUAGCUAGAAAGUGUGAGAGUAGAGUCGGUGCACGGUCACGUGAUUAUCAAAUAUUCUGGGAUGGGUAGAUUUACUUAGCUAUGGGGCUUCGCCCACGCGCGUGCGCUUUGCGCGCGCAUGUCAGCUCCGCUAUCAAAUCAAUAGGACAAUUCAGAAGGGAAAUUAAUCGAGUGUUGCAAUCAUCGGUUUCCCACUCGGCAAUGUUGUAAAACAGUAAAUAAAGUGCACACAGAUAUAUUUUUUAACUAAAAUAUUUGCUAGCAACUUUGUACAUUAAUUACUAAAAUACUUUACCGAGUUUAAAUAUAGUUGUUUGUAUAUGUAUGUAAUGGGGCUUUAAAUGUCACAAAAUUUUCCCCCAGAGUUUGUGUUUACAAGGUGAACGUCCUCAUUACAUGUAUUCACCGGCAUUGUUUUCAAGUUUCAUAUGGCUUGCACGUGCACAACUGAAGCAAAUGUAACAAUGAAUAUGAGGUGAGAACAUAUAUUGCAGAAAGGAAACAUAAAUACAAAUAAUCUUUUGUACAGCGAUUUAUUCCCGCGUCCCUCAUGACGACAAAAUGGCGCUACAGACAUUGUUUUCACCAUUUCUGCUACAUUAGCUUAUUCCGGAGAUUUCUUUGGAAAGUGAUCGAGGGUCCUUUUGAAUGCAAAUUAAGUUGUGCACGUGUUUAUGAAACUUAAAACAAAGCUAGUGAGUAAUGAGGACACUCACUUGUAAACACAAAAUCUGGAGGAAACUUUGUGGCAUUUGAUAACCCCAUUUAAUUGCCUUCCUUGUUUUAAGUGUCCUUGAAACUUGGAGGAGAUGUACAUUGAUGAUUAAUCCCGGGAUUGUCAGGUUUUCAAAAUAAUUUGUCGAGCGGUCUUUAAAUGAACGUGAAAUUUGUAGGCGUGGACAAAAUUACAUCCAAAAAUUGUGAAGAAAGUAGCCAAAUGUAGGUUAAUCAAAUUCCUCUGUCUCGCAAUCGGCCGAAACAAUUUCCCUCUUUUUUUCGUACAAAGUUUCAGAUAGAAUCAAACCGCUAUCAGACGAAAAUUCAUUUUCAAACCUCAUCAUUUUCUUCAGAUAUUAGCUAAUUAUGUCGAUGACAUGUUUAUUCAUUGUUCUUAUGACCCUUAAAACGUUUUUUCAAAAUACUUCGAAAACGCUCUCAUAAAUUUUGUUCAAACUUUGCCAUAAUCGAUGAAACUAAGGGAAGUAAAAGCUCUUUUAAGCGAUUUCUGCAAAAAAAAAAAAAAAAACUGCUGGUGCCGAGAAACACAAAGGCAAUUAAAAAACGGCGUCAUGUUGUUGCCAUGGCAACUCUGAUGUCAAUAUAACAUGGAUCAUAACAAAUUUUCAUCUUUAUAUAAUACAGCUGUGGCAACCUUUUUCCGAUAUCUUUCUCAAUGUCGACGUAGUAAACGCUUAAAGUGGGAAAGUAUACUCCCUAAAAAAUCCAGUCGAGCCACCUUAAUGAAACUACAAACAAGAAAAGAAGGGAUACACUCCUGUUUAUAGAUAAGGAUAUCAAAUUUAUAUUACCACUCACCUUUUGCAUUUUUUAGCACAGGAAAAACAAAUAUUUAAAGCCGGGACGUUACUGCGGUCAAACGGGUGUAACUAAACGAUAAAACGGUGGCCAUGUAGGAGUUGAAAUCUUUUCUUACGUUGACAAAUUCUUCUUUGGUAACGAUCCCGACAUUUUUUGAGCAGCGUAAACCGGUACAUCCCACUAGGCGUGUGCAUCAGAUGACUCAUACACUGAUUUACAUGUAGGUGUUACUCUGCUACUCUGCAUAAACCCUUUGGCUUCUUCUUUGAACCGCCGGUUUAAGUUCACGCCUCGCCUUGCUUUUUAUACGUUAUGUAACGAGCCUCCAGUCUUCGUUGCUUUCAAUUUUGUCCGGUUUCUAUGUAAUUAACCAGCUCAGUGGAAGAGAUCUUCCUACAUUUACAGCGCUAUCAUCAUCAUCAUCAUCAUCAUCAUCAUUAUAAUCAUUAUGACUAUUAUUAUUAUUGUCUCACAUAUUGUCUCACAUUUUAGUUGAUUGACAAGUUGUUACGUGAAUUCGCAAAGGAAAAUUUUGGCGAUAAAGAGGGUCAUUAUCUCCCUGUUGCCCAUGGCCGAACUCAAGAUAUUAAGUUAUUUACUCUGGUGGUAAGGGAAUCUAGGUACGUUCUGGAACGUCCGUUCAAACGAUAUACAUACAAAGUUGUGGCGGGACUAGAACAUUACGUGGCAGAUGGCAAGAGGGAAGAAUAUGAAGCCUUGAGGAACAAAAAGGUUCAAAAACAUAAUGACAUAGCAUCAGUGGGGAAAAGUGAAGAUGGCAGCGGUGCUACAAGGUAAAUUAACGUCACUGAAACAUUACCCUACAACAUUUACUAGUUGUUGCCUAGUUACAGUUAUUUAUUUUCAUAACUUACUUUAACCUGCAUCAAUGGCUUUCUCAAACUCAAUUUGUUAUCUCGUAAGAGACUGAAUAGUAGCAGUUUUUCACUCUUUGAGGAUCUAUUUAGAUUUUUUUGUGAACAAAUUUGCCCCGUAGUCUCUUAAAAUGUUCGAUUCUUAAAAUCUUAUACAAUUUACAUUGAUAACUAUAAAUACAUUCAUUUAAGUGUUAUGCGCUUUUAGUAGCUAUUGUCACGCCAUUUGGCUAUUAUUUAUUACUCUAUGCUCACUAAAUCCGUGUGCUGAGAAAUGCAAGCUAAUUUAUACCAAAGGAUAAAUUAAAGUGAAUGUGAUAUAACCAUACCAGUAAUCCUUUUAGAGGAAUAAGCUAGCUCGCUUCCUUUCACGGGGUUACUUCCCGCAUGUGACCCCUAUCGCACUAAAUAAUUUGCUCAGCCAAUCAGAUAAAAGCUGUCACACGAACAGUGCUCAAUUCAGUAAAACAGCAGUUCAUGCGCUUUUUGUCGUGGAACAAAAUAAUCUACCACACGCCCUUAUCGCUAUUUGAUUCUCUUUGAUGGUUUUCUUAGUUUUUUAAUUCUUUUCUUUUGCCUUAUCGCUGCAAUCUUGAGAACAGCAUAUAGGACUAAUUAUUGUUUCAUUUACUGUAAAUCCAUGGACUGUUGUCAUGGAGAUAUGACAAUGAAAAAACAGGAUUUUUCACCAAGAAGAAUCAUUCUAAGCUGACACCCCUACACUCACUGCACGUAGUAAUAUAUUUUCAACUUGUAUUAACAUAUUUUAGUUCAGCCUCACUCCCCCGAGGCUCUUAUGAAGUUUCUGCGUCUUCCUUCGGGAGGAUUCAGCUUUCCUCCUAAAAUAAGAAGGGAUUUUUCCUGACGGGUAGAAGACACCCAAUCGUAACUAAGAUUAGUGAUCAUAACUGCAUAUAUUCAGUUGACCAUGGGCCUACGAUGAAGUGCUCCCAUGCUUGUUACCUUUGCACCAUAGACUCUAGUUACCCCUUAAUCCAGGGAAUUGGUAAUCAACAGAGCUCUUUUCACCCCCGUGUACGAUAGGGGAUUAUCACCUCUCAAUCUCAACCUUGGGAGAUUAUCACUCCGAGGAAGGAUUACCACCUCUCACUAACCUGGGGGAUUAUCACCCCCUAGAGAAGAUUAUCACCUCUCACGACCCUGAGGGAUUAUCAUCUCUCACGACACUGAGGGAUUAUCACUCCGAGGAAGGAUUGUCACCUCUCGCUACCCGGGGGGAGGGGGGGGGAUCAUCACUCCGAGAGAGGAUUAGCAUCCCCACUACCCUGAGGGAUUAUCACUCUGAGGGAGGAUUGUGACCUCUCUUUACCCUGGGGGAUUAUCACUCAGACAGAGGAUUAUCACCUCUCACCACCCUAGGGGAUUAUCACUUCGAGAGAGGAUUAGCACCCUUCACUACCCUGAGGGAUUAUCACUCAGACAGAGGAUUAUCACCGCACACUACCCUGGGGGAUUAUCACUCCGAAAAAGGAUUAUCACCCCUCACUACCCUAGGGGAUUAUCACGCAGACAGAGGAUUAUCACUUCUCACUACCCUGAGGGAUUAUCACUCAGACAGAGGAUUAUCACCCCUCACUACCCUAGGGGAUUAUGACUCAGACAGAGGAUUAUCACCCCUCACUACCCUGAGGGAUUAUCAUUCAGACAGAGGAUUGUCAACCCUCACUACCCUGAGGGAUUAUCACUCCGAAAGAGGAUUAUCACGGCUUGCUACCCUAGGGGAUUAUCAGUCCGAAAGAGGAUUAUCACCCCUUACUAUCCUAGGGGAUUAUCACUCAGACAGAGGAUUAUCAUCCCUCACUACCCUGGGGGAUUAUCACUCCGGAAGAGGAUUAUCACUUCUCGCCACCCUGGGGGAUCAUCACUCCGAAAGAGCAUUAUCACCCCUCACUUCCCUAAAGAAUUAUCACUGAGACAGAGGAUUAUCACCCCUCACUACCCUGAGGGAUUAUCAGUCCGAAAGAGGAUUAUCACCCCUCACUACCCUAGGGGAUUAUCACUCAGACAGAGGAUCAUCAUCCCUCACUACCCUGGGGGAUUAUCACUCUGGAAGAGGAUUAUCACUUCUCACCACCCAGGGGGCUAUCAACUCCUGGAGAGGAUUAUCAACUCUCAUGAACCUGAGGGAUUAUAACCCCCAAGAGGGAAAAAUUCAUUCUAACUCUUUAUUCCUUAAGAAAUACUGUAGAAUGUAAUCAGUUGUGAAAAGUCCCCUCUCUUAAUUUUCUAUUAAUGCAAACUUACCCAGUAGUACAGCACCAACAUUCUGUCCUGUGUGUAACAUGCACACAGAAUAAAUUGUUCCUCAUACGAAAUUUUUUUGCUUCUUGAUUCAGCUCCUUUGCAGCUGGAGUCCAAGCUGCUAAUAUUGCCAACUUUGCGAUCGAGAUAAAUGAAGAUCUGGGAUCCUUAGAGCUAGGGGGAAUUGAUCAGGAAUACAUACUUGACCCAGACCUACGUGAAGUGUUGGCCAAAACAGAACUAGAUAUUAGUAAAACAGAAGUGUUUGAAGACCAACAACUGCGUUUGAUAACCUCAGUGAUUUACAGUCAGCGAUUUGUAGUUAAAGGCAACAGAAAAUACGAGGUAUUUUAGCCGUUGAAAACUAUCUUCUUUUUCUUCUUCUUCUUCCUCUUCUUCUUACUGUUAUUAUAUAGUGAUGAACUACACGGUAGAGAAUGAAAGGAAGUUAGAUACAUGUAAUUAAGACUCUUGUUGUCAACCCCAUUUUUCGCUGUGACGCUGCGGCUAUAAGCCUGAAUAGCUGUAUUGGUUUUCGAGUUACAUGAAGUUAAUUGGAGAGAUUUGUUGAUUUAAGUUAAUGGCCUGUUGCUGUUAAAUGAAAGUUUUCAGCUCGGGAAAGUUGCAACACUUUCCCUCUAUCUUCAUAAAACUUUACUGCAUGUCACUGUCUUGCUUCUGAGCUUGUUGUUUUCCAGAUUAGGACCAUGAUUACAAAACUGGGUUGGCCCUCCCUUUUUCAAAUUGCGAAAAGGAGAUUAAGCGCAAGAAUGAACCCUGUGUUAUGAUUAACCAAUUUGACCAGUUUAGCUGAGAUGCCGGUACCAGGGUGGCGUAAAACCGGGAUAAAAGUCGGCUUCACAAAAGCAAGGCAGUCCGGCUGAUGUAAUCAGGCUCUAUACGCCAGGCUCAUUAAGGGGGUACUCCGGAUUUCAAUUGACGGGGAUGAUUGAAGAGGGACAAAAAUCAAACCCCCAAAAUAUCCCUAGGCCUUCCAACAAAAACCCCCAAAAUUCCCUGGACCAAAAACUAAUCCCCCCCCCCAACAACCUCAGGGCUAAAAGAGAAGCUCCCGUUGAAAAAUUUAGAAUUUAAAUCAAACAAUUAAGCUGUAAUUCACAAAUCAGUUAGCGUUAGGGCACAUUCAUGUGAAUUUUGAGGGAAAGGCUGAGUGAUUUUAGAGAAAAAGAAUUUGCAAACAGUUCAAGAGUUAAACAAAUUUUACAUAGAGUUAAUAGUUAAUGUGCAGCCAAAAAAUAGCAAUCAUCUUCGAUCACAGUAGAUUAGGCUUGGAAAACAAAUUCUUCCUAAACAAAAUAACCCAAUCGCCCACCUACGACCACCUUUAUUUUUAAUAAUAAGGUUAACUGGACAUCCGCGAAAUAUAAUUUUAUGCUAUAAAGGCCGAUUAUAAGACACGGAAGUCCUUGGUGGCAGCCAAUUUACACGUUGCAGUACUGUUUGUAGGUUGCAUUCCCUUGCCUAAAAGCGAGGACAAAAUAAAAACUCAGGCCGGACUUUUUGCGUUUGACAAGUUUACUUUACAAAAUCUUGCCAACAAAUCUGGUGGUGUGUCAGGCCUUUUAUUCUUUUUAUCCAUAACACAUCUGAGAUACACAGUACCAUGAGGCGUUGUUUUGUUUUUACAGACCUCGCACAGAUUUUGCUCUUUUUUGCUGUAUUUAAACACCCCCAGAUUUGUUGGCAAGAAUUUGUAAAGUAAACCUGUCGAACGCUAAAAAAUUCGGCCAGAUUUGUUUUCGAGGCCUAAUCUACUAGGAUCUUGAAUGUGAUCGAAGAUGUUUGCUAGUUUUUGGGUGUACAGAUAAGGCUGUGAACUCGAUGUAAGAUGUUUCACUCUAAAAUAACUUAGCCUUUCCCAGAAAAGUCACAUGAAUGUGCCGUUAAGUUAACUGAUUUGUGGAUUAAAAGUUUAUUGUUUGAUUUGAAUUAUUUUUUUAUUAAUUGGAGCUUCUCUUUUAGCCCUGGCUAACUCUAUAUAUUAUAUGGACGAUCGGGACCAUCGUGUAAAUUUUGUAGCGAUCAUAUGGAAACGCUCUCAGACAGUUAAGACGAUUGGAACGAUCGAAGGCUAUCCCAGAAAUCAUCACUUUUAUUCCAGUAAUCGAGAAUAAAUUCGGUCUGGACGGCGCUUAAGUCGAAAAACAAAAAGUCGUGGAACUCAACGCCCCCCCAAAAAAAAAAAAAAAAUAAAAUAAAAUAAGAGAAAAAAAUAAGACAAAAAGCAGAUAGCGAGGCACGAAGUUAGCUCUUCGAUUAAAACCCAUGCUUAUGUUUGGCUUUUUUGCGAAACACGAGCAAAAAUUCUUUUGUCUCACCCAAAGACGUCGCUGACGACCCCGUGUGUCUUGUCUUUAAGGCGAUCAUAUGGAAACUACCAAUCAGUGAAUAUAUAUAAAUAUCAGUCGUUCUGAUCGCCUUGUAAUUUUUUGAAAUGACUGGGGCGAUCGGGACGAUCAUAUGGAAACCGGGCUUUAGAGGGAUGCCUCUCAUUUUCACCUUGAUGGCCGCUAGCAUUUCCCCUUUUCCUCACAGCCGUUAUAAAUUUAAAUGUUUUUCUUUCGACGAAAUUGGUCUCCUUUGUUUUUUGCUCUCACUCUAGCUCUUUCUCUAUUAUCCACGACAAUGUAGACAUUAAAAUUAAGUCGAAAGAAAGAAUCAGCUUUGUUGUUGUUGUUUUUAUUGCUAAAAGUCCGAGAAGCUAUGCGAUUUACCGCCGAAAAGUGUCCAAACGUGCGAGUGCUUGAAAUGCAAAAUUUCAUCCCGGCUUACAUGAGGGGUGGACGUACGUAGGAACGUACGCCUUACGUUCGAUCUUCUCAGAACCAAAAUUUCUUGGAUGCAUAGAUUACCAAAUUUUCUUACCCAUGUUGCUCCUCUACGCGCCCUUCGCGCACGCGAGAGUUCCGCUAUUGAAACAGCCCAAGAGAGGAUAAAGGGGACAGAGAAGGCAUCCCCCAUACACACCCUAUUCCAUAGGUAAUUCGUCUCGAGUUAUUUUUAGAAUCGGGAUAAAGUUACCUCGCACGCUGCGUGGAUGUUUCGUGGAGGUUUUGCAUGACUAAACGCCGUGCAAAACGUGUCGGGCAAAAGACAAUGAAAGCGUAAAGAGAUCGAGAGCAUUUCUGAAUAUAAAACAAAAUGAGUCAGCGCUCACCUGUGAAAAGGGUAUCGCUGGACUCUUUGACAACCCGUGAAAUCAGUUUAACUCGAAGUUGUCGUAACCUCAAUGCUUUAAUAAAAUGACAAAUUUCGCGGGUCUAUUGAAACUGGUCGUUUGUACAAUAAAGCAAGUAGGACGCCAAGUGUUAUUUUUGUUGAAUAAUAAAAGACUAAUAAAAUUAAGAAUAAAUAUCAAACCAGAAAUUGCUCUCUUCAAACUAUAAAUUAUAAAUGAUCCUGAGAGAAUAUUCAGCGUGUUAAGGAUUUCCCUGCUGUACUGUUAGCUCUAUACAAGAGAGGAAGGGCGAUUCUUUUUUAAUUUCCAUUUCGCUGACACCGCUUUAGCAGAAAUCUCUCUUUAGUCGUUUUCGUCGACAAAACGAAUAGCAAUAUCGCUCUCCGAGUCUUUCACCACUUUUUUCUGCGUCAAUUCGUAAAGAACGCGUGGCUCUGAGCGUAGGUCAUCCACGCGGAACACAUUCGCGCUAUGUGAUUGGCUGUUGUCUAAUCCUCCUUGGUAUCUGUUUUUAAAAAAUAACUCGAGACGAAUUACCUAUGGAAUAGGGUGUGUGGGGGGGGGAUGCCUUCUCUGUCCCCUUUAUCCUCUCUUGAACGGCCUCAAAACAGGUUUGGUUGUGAUUCGCAGAACCACGAGGCGGGGAUACGUAGGCACUACCACGAAUCUUCAGAUUGUGUUGAAUACCCAAAAAAUCUGUUUUAAAUCAAGCCACCCAGAAAAAAUACUUGCGAAAGUUUCCUACCCCAAAAAAUCCCGGAAUAGAAAAUUUCUAUUAUCCCCGUCACUUUGAGAUCCGGAGUACGCCCCCUUCCUCCCGGGCAAGGCUUACUUAAAAUCUCUCUAUUGCGUAGGCAAAAAUACUCUAUUUAAUAACUUGUUUGUAUCAAUUCUAAAGGUGGUAACAGAUGCAGGAAUCAAUAUCCCCGGGUAUUUCCACUCUCAGAUAAAAGGAAAACACAAAAAUGUGAAUAUCCCUCCAAAUAUAGCAACAAGGGCAAAUACACGUGGUCCAUUCCUGUUCCAGUGUUGCCGUGUUGUCUUAAACAAAGAGACAAACCGAUUGGAACUCCCCAAAGGAGAGGUUGUUGGUAAAACUGUGAGAAGUAAAGAAGAAGAGAAGGAGGCCGAGAACGAAAACACCGCAGUCAGUUUGGUGGAAGACAAGGAGAGUAAUUUGAUGGGUAAGAUCAGUAUUUGUUUCCCGUUAAACCAUUCUGGAAUUUUAGAGGCCAACUCCGUCCCUAGAGUUAUGCCUAUCUUUUCACGAAUCUGAUAGUAUUUACAUUACUUUACAUUCCUCUUAAAAUAGUACUCAGCGAGAUCUAGAAUGGAAUACAUUUAAUUAAUUGAAAAUGGCAGAUCCAAGAUAGCGUAUGGAGUCCAGUUCCUUUAACAAUAAAUUACUUCAGAAUGACAUCACUGCUAUUGCUUAAAGAAUAUUAAUGUGUUGGCCAACAUUUUGCGUUUAUCAUAUACGUUCUUAUUUAAGUAUUUUUCACUUUAUUAUUACUCACUUUGAGACAACAUGAAGACAGCAAUAUAAUGUCUCAAUAAGGUCAAAUUACGUCAUUGUGUCCCCCACUCGGCUCUAAGAUGGGCCUUUAGACUAACCUGGAGGUAAGCGUCCUUCCGCGCUUUUGUCAUCAUAGAACGAGUUUAACCCUUUCAAUGCCAGAGGUGGCAAAAGUCAACAGUUAGCAGGAUUCAAAUUUUAUUUGGCCGUUGUGAAAUUCAGUGUUAUUGAGCACAAAAUUCAGUGUAUUGUCAGCAACAGGUACUCUCUAAUUUUAUAUCUUAGAUUCGUUCACAAACGAAGAUAGCACGAAGCUGGAGGAAAUCACAACUUCAGUUUUAAAACUUACCAAGAACAGAGAAGAGCGUAAAGAGAGGGUCAAAAAGUACCUUCAGUGGGUAAGAACAACUACAACAAAUAAUAGGUUCUUUUUACCCUGGAACGAGUGAUUGGUUUGAGGCUGGGUGGAGGCCACCGCCCCAAAGGUUUUCGCCCGAUUUUUUUUCCUUUUCAAAAUGACUUUAGACCAGAGUUUCUUCUUUCCAAUCACCCUUUGAUUCAUCAGGCACAUAUAACUUUGGUUACGAUGGAUUGUCAUGGGUACGUGAUGCCAUUGUUAAACAAAAAUGCCAGGUGAACCAAAGAUUCAGUGGCAAGGCAACUUUCAAGAGGAAAAAGUUUAAAUACAACGUCAUAUUCCAGUGGCAUAAUUAGAUAUAGAGCCUUUCCAUUCAAAUUCAUCUAGAAAAUAAGCACAAACAAAUCCGAAGGUUUUCCCACAAAACAACAACUCGAGCUUCGCGUUAAACCACGCCACUCGAUUUCUUAGAAAUCACGCGAUCCUCCUGUCGAAAGACAACAACACAAAGGCAUUGAGAGAUUAGACGAAUUGUGCAAAUUAUAUCAGUUUUUCGCAAGCAAACCGCUUUCCCACGACUUGAAGUGGGUUUAACGUUUCCUUUAUCCUGGAUAGCUAAUGUUUAUGGGCCGUUCGGGGGAUUUGCUGAAAUGACUAAUAGGCAUGCAUUCCGCUGCUAUAGUAGUGGUAUAGAAGGGACCAGUCAGGACCUUUUUUGAAGUGGCAUCUCUUUAGUGAGUUAAGGUCGAUGACGUUUCUAUCUCAUGAAUAAAAAGUAGUGGCGUCUCGAUAAGAUAACCUCAAAAGUUAUUUCAUGUAGUGACUAGUAUAGCCAGUUUGACGGGCUUUUAGUUAUUGUUAAUAUAAUGUAACUCGGAAGGGAUCAUUUCCAUAUUGGGUAUCGUUAUUUUCUUAUGUGAUUGGUAGAAAACGUCCUUUUGCUGAUUCACUUUUAACAUUUUAACGACAAAAUAGACGCUAACUCGCCAGCGGCUGACUUAAAAUCACUUUUACCUAGGAGCACGCUGUAAGAGCAUGUAUUGAACUGACCCAACCUACCAAUUAAACUUAAAAUUUUUAUACCUCAUCGCUUUGCAGUUUGAAGAAGCGCUGUCAACUACGACAACAGAGGACGAGAGAGUGUUGACUCUUAACAAGCCUCUCAAUGAUGCAGAUUGUGAAUUUCUACGAACCAUUUUUGUACCUGCCACGAAGAAUCAUUCAACGUUAAGUUUCCCGAAAUUCUUUGACGAAGAAAAACUUCAGGGAUAUGCAAUUGUUUUGAAGAUUAUCUCUGGUAAGAUAUGAAACUUGACACAUAGUCAGGAGAAACAGGACAAGAGAGACUCUCCUGGACUUCUGGUCAUUCAAAUGAAAACGAGGUUUUUUAUAACUGUAGCUUUUGUUAACUGCUCUGCCUGAGUGGUUGAUGAUUCAAUGAAAUAACGUCCGGUUAGAAUCGAAGUCCCUUUUACGACAAAAUUAUAGUGUUCUUCUCUGCAAUGCUUUAGCACUUGUGCUAUGGAAUGAUGUAGGUUAAUUAAUAGCGGAGCUCUCGCGCGCGAAGCGCGCGCAGCGGAACACCAUGGGUAAAAAAUGUGGAAAACUACCAAUCCGAGAAAAUUUGGUAAUCACGUGACGGUACACCGACCGCCCGCCCGCCCGACCGUCCGUCCGCACCACAGGCAUACCGAUGUAAAAUAAUUCACUCAACAGGUAUGGCAACCCAAAUGCAACUCAAGGUUUUAUUUAGAAAGCAAUCGCAUGGCCGACUUUUAGAAAGAAAAAACAACAACAAAGUCUUGUCUUUUUCGACGUUAUUUUUGAUGUUUACACUCACAUGGAUAACAGAGAAAGAGCUAGAGCGAGUGAUUGAAAACAAAAGAGACGAAUUUUCUAGGAAGAAAAACAUGAAAAUUCAAAGCGGCUGUGGGACAUUAGGGCCAUUUAUACGAGGAAAAAUAAGUCGCGUUUUACAUAAGAGGCGAACUGUACCAUUUAUACGAGCAUGUCUUAUCUAAUAAGACGCGUCUUACCUGAGCCGCGUCUUAUUUUAGACGAAAUGUGCUGUUUAUACGGAAAGUUCGGGUCUUAUUUAAGACGGCUCUUAUGUAAGACGCGUCUUACUUUUCCUCGUAUAAAUGGCCCUAAUGAGAAAUGCUAGCGGCCAGCAAGGUAAAAAUGAGCGGCAGUGAAAAAUAAAAGCGAACAUGAACACAGGAGACAAAAUAUUGGGUAAGCACAUACGACAAUUCCUCCAUAAUGUGUAACUAGGAAGUUUGACGUUUUAGUCCUACAAAACAGCGUUGUAGUUGUGCAAAACAACGGCAAAGAAAGACAAAAAGCGUGCUGCACGUGCAAAUUUGUUUUUUUUUUUUUGGCUAAUUAGAAAAAAAAGUGUGCUGCACGUGCAAUUUGUUUUUUUGCUAAUUAGAUCUAUAGAGCGUUUUCACAUGACGUCACGGCGGUCAUAUUGGUGUUCCAAAACAAUGAAAUGGCGGCCAUGUUGGUGUAACCAGAAAACCCUCUGGGAGUUGAAGUCUUUGUCAUGUAAAUGCUUUCUUUUGCUCCAAUAAAUUAGCAGAGAUGCUGGCCACGUGAGUGCAAACGCUCUAUUGAUCUUGAUGCCAUUUUCAUUGCCCUCCCCGUUUAGCAUUACACGAUUUAAUUUUUUUUGUUUACAGGUAUUGUUAACCAGAGCUUCGCUUUUAGCCCUGGCUAAAUCUAUAUAUUAGAAUGAGUAUUAUAAUCACGAUAAUAAUAGCAACCAGUUAAUGAAAACUGAAAACUUGAUAACAAAAGUAUUUUAGAUGAUCUUGUCUAUAAGAAGGAUUAGAACUGUCAUCGAAGGAAUUAAGACCAUGGCUUGUAGGGAAUUAAGUAACAAUCACCAUUUAUGUUAGCAUAGGAAAUGUGAGGGUAUGGAAAAAAGAGCAUUUGAACUCGUUUUGCACAUAAAUUUCUUUUGGAUGUACAAGCAAAGUAUUUUUCACCAUAACUUUUUAUGGCUAGGUAUAUUAAGUAUAUCAAUUUUGUUGUAGAUUGUUUGCCCAAGUUUUAGCUACAGUUGUUUACAAUUUUCUCUGGGGGUGAGGGGGAUUUGAGUUUUGUUUAAUACGGAGAUUGAAGCAAUAAUGUUCAGUUAUUGAACUGUCCAUCAAGUUUUCUUUCUCAAUGUACUCAACAGAUAUGUCGGAGGAAACCUGGGAUGAGAUUGAGAAAGCCUGGGCCGAGAAAGACGAGCAUUCGGAGUAAAAGAAAGCACUGAGGUGGAUGACUUUGUUAACGAAAAAUUUUGCGAUCGCAUCUUGAGUCAACGUUGUAACUGUGAAAUGUAAUCAGAAUUUGAAAUAAUAUUGUAAAAGGGAAAAAAUAUCUUACCUUUAAUCCAGGU